CUCUCUCGCUUUUUCUCUCUCUUUCUAGCGUGACCUAUGGUUGUACAUCACUUUCAACACAUAUCAAGGCAGCCCAGCAGAACAGGUUAAACAGAGCAAAUAGAAGAGGGAGGGGAGAGAGAUAGAGGUAGAGAGAGAGAGGGGCCAACAAGAAAGACUUUGUCAGAGAAAGGCAUAAAGACAUCGGAGUAAAAGAGAAAGGGAAGCUCAUCUCUCUGUGUGUUUGUGAAGACAGCUGCAAAAGGAAUAUGCUGUGGAGUCUGUUGGCCGUGACGGUGGUUUCAGCUGCUGUCCUGUAUGUCCUCUAUCACUGGCUCAUCCCUACAGCUGUGCAGAGCAGCGGCUGGAUGGCACUUCUCUGGCACGAUGUCAUUCAUGAGCGGCUCCUUGACAUCAUGACGGGAACAUCGCGACCUCAGCGCAUGCUGAAAGCCGUUCAGAAGAAUGCUACAAAAGGAGACCCUCAGAGCGUCAUCUCAGCCAUCGACUAUUACUGUCGACACAAAGAAUGGGCCAUGAACGUGGGCGAUGAUAAAGGGCUCAUACUGGAUUCAGUGUUGAUGGAGGUAAACCCCAGCACGGUUCUGGAGCUCGGCACGUACUGCGGCUACUCCACCGUUCGGAUCGCUCGACUGAUGUCCCCUGGCUCCAAACUCAUUACAGUUGAAUUCAACCCAGCCUUUGCUGAAGUUGCUCGUCAGAUCAUCGCCUACGCGGGCCUUCAGGACAAGGUUACUCUAGUGGAGGGAUCCUCUGGUGAUUUAAUCCCCAAAAUGAAGGAACGAUUUGGGAUAAAAUACUUUGAUUUCGUGUUUCUGGACCACUGGAAAGAUAGUUAUGCACCAGAUACUAAACUUCUUGAGGACUGUGGUCUACUGAAAAAAGGCACUGUCCUGUUGGCCGACAAUGUCAUUUGUCCUGGAGCCCCGGAAUACUUGAAAUAUGUGAGGAACAGCCCACGCUAUGAAAGCCGAUACUACAAGUCCAACCUGGAGUACACCAAAGCAGAAGAUGGCCUGGAGAAAUCGGUCUUCUUAGGAUGAGAAAGAAUGAACGAAUAAUAAUGUAAAUCAGGAACGGCCAAGGGAAAAAGAACAUUGACAUUGUAUUGUUUGAUGAAGCUAAGAAAUACAAUCGCUUAAAAAUU